AUGAUCGUGGUGAGACGCAACGGAAAUGUCUCAAAGCUCAAGGAAAUUAGAGCCCACGCAAAUACUCAUCACCAACCAUCACCCAACACGGCACCAAUAUCCCACUUUGCCCUCGCAGCUCUCGCUGCCACAUCUGUGCUAGCAGCACCUCUUCCAACACCAUCCGACACUGCCGACAUACUCCAACCUCGCGGCUUUAUCGACGACCUUCUCCAAGAACUGAACCCGUUUGGCAAGUACGUGGACGGCAAAACCAAAGUCAAGACCAAGGAUAUGUUGGAGAAUGCUCUUGAGGUUGAGAAGCAAUUGAGAGGACAUGACAAGGUAGAUGAGAGCGAGGUCAAAAAGAGUAUGAUUGGCUUUCCUGCUCACUGA